GCGUUCUGUCGAGCUUUACGUUAGCAAUGGAAGCUGUUAGCUAGCUCUAACCUGAAGCUCACGGGAACCGACAUAUAUCUCACCUGGCGGCGCGCGAGCUGCACACAACACGCAGGUCCCGGUUGAACUUCUGUCCCGGUUCGUGAAACCAGAAGCGUUUGACCGGAAACUCUCAAGUGUAAACUGCAGAGGGGACGCUUGUUUUACGUAACUGAGGAGUGAUGACAGAGAGAGGCGGUGUCCCGGCGGCCCGGGCGGUGCUUCAGCAGUGUCUGCAGGCCAGGCUGCAGGUGAAGCCACCAGAGGAGCUCUCAGAGGCUCAGUUUGUCCAGAUCCACAGAGGAAUGGUGAUCUACGUCUGCUUCUUCAAAGGAGCCUCGGACGCCAUGCUGCCCAAGAUGGCCUCCACGCUGUUGAACCUGCGGCUGUGUGAGUCCGACUCGGGGAAGAUGGUCUCGGUGUCGGAGCUCCCCGGCAGCCUGCUGAUCGUCCCCCAGGCCACGCUGGGAGGGAAGGCCAAAGGCCGAGCCGUGCAGUACCACGACAACAUCGGCAAGGAGGACGGACUGCGGCUCUACGGCGCCUUCGUCUCUCUGUGCGAGGAGCGGCUGGCGUCGGCGGCUGCUGCUGCAGGCGAAGUGACGGUGAAACACGGGACGUACGGAAACAGACAAGUGCUGAAGCUCGACACCAACGGACCCUACACGCAUCUGGUGGACUUCUGAGGAAGGAGGCUGACCUGGGGUCAGCAGGUCAAAACGGUCUCUUCAGAAACAGCCGCGAAGACUUCAUGUUUUGAUCUGAUUUAUGCAUUUGUGAUAAAAAAAACUGAAUUACA